AUGACACGUGAAGCUGGAAGUGGAACAGAGGCUACCUCAUCAUUUUUCACUUGUUCAAACGAUAAAUUUCUGUUAAGCACGCGAUCAGAGAGAGCUGAAAAGCAAAUGUCUUCUGUGCGAAAGCUAAACUGUAGAAUAUGCCUGGAAGAAGACAACGAAUCAAACUUAAUUUCACCAUGUGAAUGUCGUGGUUCUCUGCAAUUUGUACAUACACGAUGUUUGCAACACUGGUUUGAUGUCAUGCACACGCGACUUUGUCAAAUAUGUAAAACACAGUACGAACUUGAAGAUUAUGGAAUGAAACCUUAUACGGAAUGGACAUUGCCUCAACCACUGAGUGAUGAUUGGGAGGAUCAACUGGAUUUUAAAUGCGCCCUAUUUUGGCUUGUAUUUAUGUCACGUAUUACCUACAUUGUACUCAAACAUGGUAUGAGAGAAACGCGUUUGGCAGUCAUUCACAUUGUAGGCGGAGGGAAAAUGUACUACAUAUGGCUUCUAUCAUUCUGCAUAAACUUUGCUUACUACAGUACAGUGAUUUAUGCAGUCAUAAAGAGAUGGAAAGAGAUAAAUUCCAUCUAUGUUUGGAAAAGCAAAGGAACCAAGAAAAAUAAUUGA